UUUCUUACUUUCUCCUAUGCUCCUCUUCUUAGUAGCUAUCUCUGCACUUGUCCUCUACUCGCCUUCCGUCCCUUCCCCUCAUGCUAUAUUCCAACCCUAGAUGGCUAUAUUUGGAUGAGUUCUCGGAGAGAGAGCCGAUUGCGAGAGUCACAUCUUUGCUUUUCGAAGCUGAAGAACAGCUUGCUAGUUAGAUUGAUCACAUCUCAAUCUUUUUCUCUCUCAAAAACGGUGAGGUGAUGAAGAGGGAGCACCUGGACGGCGUUGCCCGAGAUGGGAUUGUUGAGAAUGUUGCUCCGGCGCCGGCAAGGAUGGCGAUGAUGGGUUUCGACGAGGAGACAAACGACGAACUUCUUGCUGUGCUUGGGUAUAAGGUGAGGUCCUCGGAUAUGGAGAUCGUCGCACAGAAGCUGCAGCAGCUGGAGAUGGCGAUGGGGGGUAGUGCUCCGCAUGAUGAUGAGCUGCUUUCCCACCUCGCCGUUGACACCGUUCACUAUAAUCCAUCCGAUCUAUCGAACUGGCUCGAGAACAUGCUAUCCGAGCUUAGCACGCCUCCCCUUCCGCUUCCGCCGGUGAUGCAUCCUAAUUCCGUUGUUUUCGAUUUGCCUCCAGCCCCGAUGUCGGGCCACUCAUCGUCUACCUUCUUCAGUCCUGCUGAAAGCCUAGCCACUAUGGACUCCACCGUUACCUCUAUCGAGCUCUCUGCUCCAUCCGCUACCAUGCUUCGCUCUAAUUACGCCCUCCGAACAACCAACACUAGCGGAAAUCGGGCUGUAUACGGAUCGGAGACUCAGAUGGAUGGCACUGGACCCAGAGAUCGAAAACGAAUGAAAACCUCCUCUUCUUCAUCCUCUUCCAGAGGCGGAUCUGGUGGAGUAAUCGGACGGGCUGCGCCGUCUAUGUCUUCCACAUGCGGCAGCGAAGUAUCGUCCGCGAUGCCGGUCGUGAUGGUGGACACUCAGGAGGUUGGAAUCCGUCUGGUUCACGCACUUAUGGCUUGCGCGGAAGCUGUGCAGCAAGAGAAUUACAAGGCAUCAGACGUUUUAGUCAAACAGAUCUCGAUGCUCGCCUCAUCCCAAGGCGGCGCUAUGCGGAAGGUCGCCGGAUACUUCGCCCAGGCCCUCGCUCGCCGGAUCUACCGCCUCAAUCCACAGCAAGACUGCUCUCUGGACUCAGCUUUCUCCGACAUCCUCCAGAUGCACUUUUACGAGAGCUGCCCUUACCUAAAGUUCGCCCAUUUUACCGCCAAUCAAGCCAUUCUAGAGGCCUUCGCAGGCCAUCGUCGCAGGGUUCACGUCAUUGAUUUUAGCAUGAAGCAGGGGAUGCAAUGGCCGGCACUGCUGCAGGCUCUCGCCCUUCGACCUGGCGGUCCUCCCUCUUUCCGCCUCACCGGAAUUGGUCUUCCCCAACCGGAUAACACCGACGCCCUGCAACAAGUCGGUUGGAAGCUCGCUCAGCUCGCAGACACCAUCCACGUUGACUUCGAAUACCGCGGGUUUGUCGCAAACAGCCUCGCCGACCUCGAACCUUACAUGCUCGAGUCCCCACCUUCUGCCAACAUCACCUCCGACGAACCUGAAGUCGUGGCUGUCAACUCGGUCUUCGAGCUCCACCGUCUGCUGGCUAAGCCUGCGUCCUUGGAAAAGGUCCUUGCUACAGUCCUCGCAGUGAAGCCGCGGAUUGUGACCAUCGUAGAGCAGGAAGCGAACCACAACACUGGUACGUUCAUGGAGCGUUUUACCGAGGCACUGCAUUUCUAUUCCACGAUGUUCGAUUCACUGGAGGCCGGCGGCUUCGCCGAAGGUCAUCAGGAUCAGGUUAUGUCCGAAGUAUAUCUCGGAAGGCAGAUCUGCAACGUGGUGGCUUGCGAGGGGGCGGAGCGGACGGAGCGCCAUGAAACACUUUCUCAUUGGCGGGGAAGGAUGGAAGGCGCUGGUUUUGAGCCCGUCCACCUCGGCUCUAACGCCUUUAAGCAGGCGAGCAUGCUUCUUGCCCUCUUCACCGGCGGCGAAGGAUACCGAGUGGAGGAGAAAGAAGGUUGCCUCACCCUCGGGUGGCAUACUCGUCCCCUCAUCGCCACGUCGGCUUGGGGGCUCGCUGGUUCGGGUCAAGCUUUCCCCGCCGCCGGCGCGUCUGAUGCUCUCUGAUACGCGAUUCCUCGGUGAUUGUUCUUGCUUAAUCGGAGCCGUCCGUUAGACGGUUCGGGUUGGGCGGGCCGCGAAGAUGGGCGGGCGGUGAAGAUGGAGCCAUCCAUCUCCUUGUUUUUAGUUUAUUUUAUUUUAUAAUUAUUUUGAUUUUGUCACCCCCUCUUUUUUAAAAUCGGUGCUUCUUUCUGCUCUAAAAAUAUGUGAUGUGUAUCUAAUUAGUAAUUUUG